AUGACAAAGAGGGAUCAGGUUAUUCCUGGAGUGCUAGUCGGGACUCAAGUUCGCUCUAUCAGAAAAGCGAACUAUGUGGAGCGAAUUGGCGAUAGCGCGAGGGCGGAAGAAAUACUUGAGUCUCUAGAGACUAAAGAUGACCAGACAGAUACCGAGUCACAACGCCAUGUUCUCAGCGAGCAGGAGAAAAAUGCCAAAUGGGCAGAGGAUAUGUCAAAGGGGAAAAUGCUCACGACGCCAUCUCGACUCUUCAAGCUCAUUAUCCCCCUCACCACUGUGGGCAUCAAGGGCAAGGAUAAGGGAAUCGAGCCAAUCGCAAUUCUAGUCCACCCCCAACAACCACUCUCCUACCUCGAACGCCUUAUCCAAUCCGAACUACCCCCAAUAGAUGGCGAGAAAGAAAAGCUCCGCCCACCCGUAAUUUCCUUUAUCGCCCUCCAACACGAAGAUAACGCCAUCCGGCCCAAAAAGCGCAUCGAGGACGACUUCGAAGCAGAUGCCAUUCGACAAAACGCCAUUGAAACAGAGUACCAAUCCGAUAAGCCUAUAAAACGCCGCCGAUCCCGCGAAGAAGAUGCAGAGAUCUACAGUUACCCUCGCAAAACAGAUACCAGUCUUGAUCCCUUGGAUGGGAAACCGGAACGCUUCGUCCGCUGGUCACAAGCUACAGAAGUAGGCGAUUUCAUCCGCGACGCGGCUCGUACUCGCGAAUUCAUCGUUACUAUUGAAGGCGCUCCCAGUGGACUAGGUCAGAUCCGUGUGGCUGUUCCGUCGUUUAACGAGCGCACUUAUUUUCUGCGUAUGCGUCUGCGGAAACUGUCGCGCAGAAUUCAGGGUAUUGCGGAUGUUAAGCAUAAAUGUGAUGCGUUGGCGCAUCGCGGUGCGCAGCGGGUUGCUAUUGGUGGGUUUGGCAUUUUGUCGGUGUGGUGGUAUAGCGUGUACAAAUUGACGUUUGAGACGGAUCUCGGGUGGGAUACUAUGGAGCCGGUUACUUACUUGGUUAGUUUGUCUACGCUUAUGGGUGGCUACUUGUGGUUCUUGUAUCACAAUCGGGAAAUCUCGUAUAAGUCUGCUCUAGACUUUACGGUUAGUGCACGCCAGAAGAAGUUGUAUCAACAACAUAAUCUGGAUUUGCAGCUUUGGGAAUCUUUGAUUGACGAGGGGAAGACUUUGAGGAAUGAGAUUAAGAGUAUUGCGGCGGAGUAUGAUGCUGAGUGGAAUGAGAGAGCUGAUGAGCAGGAUGAGAGGGUUACGGAGGCGUUGAGGUCGGAUCGAAAGGAGAAAGAUGGAAAGAAGAAUGAAAAGGAGAAUGAUCGAGAGGAUUAG